AAAAUAUCUGCCUUUAUCUCCAAGCAUCAAGCUGCAUACAGAAAACAAGCUUGAGAUUUUUAGAAACAACUUCUUCUCUUAACCCCUCUCAUAGAAUAAACUAUUAUACAUGCCAUCAUACCUCUCGCAUACGGUAUGCUAUUUAAAGUGUCAUGGGUUUUUUUUAUUUCUCUUCUUUUUUUUUAUUUUUGGCUGAAAUAUUAGCUCUCCCCACUUAAAACAUAACUUACCAUCUCAGACCGGCGAAUGCGGCCUCACAAUGCCGCUUUGCAGGACUUCUACCCUUCCCAGUGCCCUCUUCAACAUGGUACGUGGAUGCGCAUUCAUGCCAGUGACUCGUUUCUCGACACUAUGUCGCGCUAGACCCCACCUCCACUCCAACCGACUUCGUCCGCACCUCACCUCCAGAAACUCCUCAACUUCCUCACGUCGUAUAACCAUCCCCCCACCAUUUCCCAUAACGCCCUCGUGCCCGGAACCAACAUGUCCCUGUGCGCCAACUCCAAAAAUGCCCCAGGGCCUGGAGAUUGACCACGAGCGCGACCUCAAUGGCACCAUGGCGCCGUAUUCGCAGCAGGUGCUUAUCUUGACCGGGCAGCGUGACUGGAGGAGUAGGAUUGAGGAAGACGGGGUGGAUGAGGGCUGGGGAAUGUUAGGGAGGGGCUUAAAGGGGCUCAUUGGGAGAGGAGGAAGGUAUGCUGAUCCAUACAACAAUAUCAUGAUUACAAAUACCUCAUUCCGACCAUACAACACAACCGCUUCCACCACCACCACCACCCCUACAACCGCUUCCGCCCUCCUAUUCCCCUCAUUCCGCUACAUACCAACAAUCCCCCUCGACGAACCCAGCCUAGAUGCCUUCGUCCGCGUCUUUCUCCUCCCCACAACCCUCCACCCAGCCCACGACGCGCUCCCUGCCGCCCAGAGGGAGCACAUGCGCCGUGUCCCCACCCUCCAACCCUCCCUCUUCCCAGAUAUGGUGCGGAUCCAACACUCCCCCACCAUCCUGAUAUGCGGACACGGCCAUCGCGACCAGCGGUGUGGGAUCCUGGGCCCGCUUUUGCAGGCUGAGUUCCGGCGCGUCUUGCAGGGGAGAGGGUUCCGUGUCAGUGGCGGCGAGGAAGCUGGCGAUGGUGGGUUUGCAGAUGAUGUUGGGCAGGCGAAUGUGGGGCUAAUAAGUCAUAUUGGAGGGCAUAAGUAUGCGGGGAAUGUUAUUAUUUACCUACCGCCGUCAUUGUCGUCGCCGGGUAAUGGACAGGGCGGGGCGAUGUCAUUGGCUGGGAAAGGGAUUUGGUAUGGAAGAGUUGAGCCGAGACAUGUAGAAGGGAUUGUUGAGGAGACGGUGUUGGGGGGUCGGGUUAUUUCUGAGCAUUUUCGCGGUGGGAUUGGCGCGGAUGGGGAGAUUAUGAGGCUGUGAGAGGGGUGGAAGGGUAGGUACUGUAGAUUAAGACUAAUAGAUAUGAUUUAGAUUUAGAUUCAGAUAUGGUAGUCAUUAUUAAAGUCUGAGGAAUUGGACAUGUAUUUUAUGGUCACUGGACUCUGGGGCCAAUCGUGUCAGGGGGUUGCUUCCCAAGAGUGGGCAGAAAUUUCUAAUGAUUUGGAGAUUAGUGCAUAGUAAAACUUCAAGAUGACUGAGUUCUAAAAUUGUCGGAACGUUUCCCGUGGUAGUGUCAUAGCUUGGGAAAGGGCAGUGCGCCAGGAUAUCGUGGGGAAGACAACUCUAAGUAGUUAUUUGAAUCAACCACACCUCAACACGUUGACGAAGAAAUGAAGUACACUAAUGCACAUGUAUAUGUACCGCACAGAGUACAUGA